UUCAGCGCAGCUCCCUUGCAGCACUUUACCGGCAGACGUGUCCUCGAGUUUCCCUCGUCCAAGGUGUCUUCCAUCCUCAUGGCUCGUGUUUUUGUUUAUGGUACGCUCAAGAAGGGACAACCCAACUACUUCCGUAUGUUUGACAUCAACAACGGAAAGGCAGAGUUCAUCGCCUCUGCGUUCACCAAGCACAAAUUCCCGCUAGUGAUCGCCGGCAAAUACAACAUCCCUUUCCUCCUCAACCUUCCCGGGCAGGGUCACAGAGUCCAUGGAGAGAUCUACGAAGUAGACAACCAGAUGCUGAAAUUUCUUGACGACUUUGAAAGCAUUCCCACAAUGUACCAACGGACUACAGUGGAAGUGGAGGUGAAGGAGUGGGCCAGGAAGAUGGAUGGAGAGGACCGGCCCUCACCUGGAAGCAUCACAGAGGCAUUCGUGUACAGCACUACAACAUAUCAGCCGGACUGGCCGUCGCUGCCCAGCUACGAGAGCUACGACUGCUACGGAGAUCACAACCUCCAAUACGCGACCAGAGAAGCACGAGACUGAUGAAGACAAGUCAGAAUAAAAGAGUUUUACAUCUGA